AGAGUUUUAUACUCUUGUACCACGAAAACUUCAGCACCUCCUUCACCCCUUUUGCUUCUCCCUGAUAAAAACCAUAUUACACAAAUAAAUUCAGGGAAGCAAAUUGGUAAGGUAGCCUUUAUUCAUUCAUUGCAUCAUUUAAAGUGAGAUACAUUUCAUAUUAUCAUGAGUUGCUUUUGUUGCGGUUCAUCAUCUCAACUCAGCAAAACAUUGAAAAGGAUCAACAGCAAAGUCAGACGUUGUCCUUCUUCUGAUUCUACUCUUUUGCCUAGUCAAUCACAACUUGACAACGAUGAGCCUGACACGGCUGAAAGAGCUAACAAUGACAGUGGUUCACUCUUCACAAAAUGUUUUACUUUUCAAAAGCUAUAUGAUGCAACACAGAAUUUUAGUCCAAAAUGUUUGGUGGAUAUAGGCAGCUUUGGAAAUGUAUACAGAGGAAAACUCGAAGAAACCGGAGAGAUCGUAGCUAUCGAGCAUUUGGACAGGAAUGGACCGCGAGGAAACAGAGAAUUUCUUGUGCAGGUGAUGAUGUUGAGUAUCCUUAAUCAUCCAAAUUUGAUCAAUCUUAUAGGAUACUGUGCUGAAGUUGGAAAUGAGAGGUUUUUAGUGCAUGAAUAUCUGCCUUUGGGAUCCUUAGACAAGCAUCUACAUGAUAGAUCAUCCCAGGGUAUGCCUCCCUUAGAUUGGAAUACGAGAAUGAAAAUAGCUUUGGGGACUGCAAGUGCAUUAGAAUAUAUCCACCAAAAAGCCGCUCCUCCAGUCAUCUACCGGAACCUGAAGCCCUCCAACAUCUUACUAGACAGUGAUUUCAAUGCUAAACUCUCUGAUUUCGGGCUAGCUAAGCUUGGACCUACUGGUGAUAAGGAAUAUGUUUCUGCAAGCAUACCGGAAAAUUUGGGCUACAUUGCACCAGAGUUUGAAAGAACAGGUCUGUUGACUGUGAAGGCAGAUGUAUAUAGUUUCGGAGUUGUUUUAUUAGAGUUGAUCACAGGGCGAAGAGCUGUUGACAUGACAAGGCCACCUAAGGAACAGAAUCUGGUCUUUUGGGCCCUUCAGAUACUGAAGAAACCAAAGAAAUUUCCGGAGUUAGCUGACCCGCUGUUGCAGGGGAAGUUUCCAUCUCAAGGAUUCAACAAAGCACUUGCAGUAGCAGCCAUGUGUCUUCAAGAACAACAAACAGCACGACCCAUGAUGAGUGAUGUAGUCGCUGCAAUCAUGUCCAUUUCAUCUGAUAAAAAUCUUGAUGACAACAUGAUAUCUCCUCCCCUUGAAGCCCAAGUUGAGCAUAAUAACUUGGAGAAGGUUGCCGAUGAAUUUGAUCUUGGAAAAUAGUGUGAAUUGCAUCCAAUUUAGUAUCAGAACAUCACUACUUAUGAACAAUACUAUUCAGACUGAGUGCAUUGUAAAUAUAAAGUCUGUUUCCUCUGUCUUUAUAGAUGAUUGCUUCUUGCGUAUAACAAAAAUAUUUUCAGAAACUAACAUGUAAUAUACGCUUAGUAAAAAAGUAUAAUGAUGUAUCAAUAUUCAA